CCCGCACCGCCGCAGCCCACACCGCCGCAGCACGCACCGCCGCAGCCCGCACCGCCGCAGCACGCACUGCCGCAGCCCGCACCGCGUGGCCUUUGUGGCUGGCCGCUGAGCGCUGACGUGGCCGAUGACUGCCUGCCUGCGCUGGCGCCGGGCGAGGUGCGGCUGUGCGGCCUCACCUUCAGCCCAGACCUGGCGCCGGCCGUGUCGGCUGCCUUGGAAGAAGUGGAGCAGCUGCGGCGCAGCGGUAAGCUGCGGAACAUGUUCCUGGAGGAUAUCAUUCAGAUCCCUCCCAGUAGCAUGCAGCAACUCAGGCGGCUGAUGCAGGAGGGCAAUACUGCAGAGGCCUCCGUGUCUGAGCCUUUCAAAGCGGAGGAGCAGUGCGACUAUGCUAAGACUGCCAUUCGCAACGAUCUCGCGAGGCUCUUGGGCCUACUGGACCAGCCCGACAGGCCGCUGCCCGAGGGUUCAGUGCUGGCGGCCGACGUCCUAGCUCCCGGCCGCGACCCUGCGCGGGGCGGUGCGGGGCUGUUCGCCGCCAAGCCCAUUGAGCAGUGUUCGGCGCUGGGGGUGGUGGGCGGGUACGUCAUGCCGAGGAACAAGGCAGCGCUGCGGGUGCGGCGACUGGGCGCACCUUUCCCGGAGGGCAGUCCGGAGCAGGCGGAGCUGUUGCGCCGGGCGAGAGGCCAGCGGCAGGUCGCACAACUGGUGUGGCGGGUGCUGGCGGGCGGGCUCAGGAUGCCGUUCGCCAGCAGCAGCGCAGCGGCAGCAGCGGAGGAUGGAGAUGCAGAGCAAGACGGCUCUGCGGAAGGCUCCCUCCCCUACGGCGAGUGGGACAUCAUGAUGCUGGGGUACGGCAACGCCACAGCGCUGGUCAACGACCCGCGCAUGCGAUCCUUCGCGGAGGCCCCAACCGCUGCAGCCAACUGCAUCGUCCUUCCCGUGCUGGUCUUCGGUAUCCCCCUUCCAGUGCUGGUAGCCACCCGCCACAUCGCGGAGGGGCGGCAGCUGCUGCGGGAGUAUGGGGCGGACUGGUGGCGAGGGCAGGCCCAAGAAGAAGGGUACCUGUCGAAGCUGCAUGUUCCAACCGAGCAAAUCUUUCACAGCAGCGGUGAGCUUGAGGGCCUGCUGUCGUAUGAGGUGAAGCCACCGCAGCAGCAGCUGCAACAACCACCGAAGCAGCAGCCACUGGAUCAGUCAGGUGGUCGCGGUAACGCGCGCCACGAGGGGGCCGCUACAGAGGCCGCGGCAGGGGGUGCUGGCCUUAUGCCCCCGCCACGUGCGCCAGCCCAGGGUGGCGGCCACCUGGCGCAGGAGCCUCAACGCCGGCAGCAUGGAGCAGUGCCGCGGGGUCCGGCAGCAGCUGCAGGCCGGCAUGGUGAGUACCCGGCUGCUGCUCAGGCCCGACGCCAUGACGCGCCCCACAAACGCCGACGCACCGUGCAGCACGACGUGGACGUGCAGUACCACCAGCAGCAGCGGCGGCAGCGGCGGAGCAGCGGCACAACGAGCAACAGUGAUGGCUACGGCUCUGAGGGCGGCAGCACCGGGGCGACGGGCGAGGAGCUUACCAUGGCUGUGUCGAGCGGCCGUCCGGCUUGGCAUGCCCAUCCGCAUGCUUCACAAGUUAGCCUGUGGUAGCCAGGCCAGCUUGGAAAAAGCUUUGCUUGGAGCGGCACGGCUGGACUAAAUCACGGCGUGUUAGUUGUGCAUUGGAAUAACUGGGUUAAGACCGGGCAUGGAGUCAGCGGAUUAAGCUAGGGUACAGUUCUUUGGGCCUCUUCUUGCAAUUAUCGGUGGUGCCUUUAUACGUGUAUGUAGAUUGUAUCUUCACACCGCCUGCUCAUUCAAGAGUUGUUUGUUGCCGCAUUGCCGCCUGACAGACUUCCAUGCACCCAAAACGCAGUUGUGUUGCCUUAUUCCAGUCUGCGCCCUUACGGGUCAUGUGUGGCUUGAAGGCGAACGAAAGCAGUAUCAAUUAGCUGCGCGCACGCCUGAGUUCAUUGUAGACGUCGUCACAGGUCGGUUGCGAACUGCUGAUUUCACUCCUUACAAACAAACCCUUAAUUACCCGUGUAUGCAGUUAUCUCUGUAGCUGGUUGCCGUCCGUGUGUUGAGGCCGAGGAGAGUAUCCGGCAAGCGCAUAAUAUCUCUGAACAGCUGUGGGAGUUGAUGUAUUGACAAAGGAGUGCUGGCUAACCAUGUUUUCAGCCACCUGGGGCCGUGGGGGCGCAUUGUGUACAUCACCCAGCUAUUGCCACCUAACUGGGAUGCGGUUGCUGCGAGGGCU